AUGGAUCAAACGAAGAGACCGCUGUUGAUCCCUCCAGAGUUUAGCACAUAUGCUGAAAAACAUGGAAUUUUCGAUAUGUACAAGAAACUGAUGGAGCAGCUGAUAAUCAACAAACCUGCUGAUCCUGUGGCAUUUCUCAUUGACUUGUUGAAGCGAGAUACCCAUGAUGUUCCACAGGUAAUUAUCAUUGGGCCACCUGCAUCUGGAAAGAAGACAAUUUCUAAGAUGUGUGCCACCAAACUUAGGACAGCCCAUCUCACAACAGAUAACCUCAUUAUGGAAGCAGAGACUGAUCUUAAGAUGAAGAUGCUCGAUCUACAGAAGAAAAAACAACCCAUUCCAACAGAUAUUUGGGUGAAGGUGAUUGCAGAUAGGGUUAAACUUCCAGACUGUGUAAAGAAGGGCUGGGUAAUGGAAGGUUUUCCACAGACCAGAGAACAAGCCUUGGCUAUGCAGGCUAUAGGAAUUCAUCCGAAACAUUGUGUUCUGCUAGAUGCUCCAGACACAGUUUUGAUUGAAAGAGCCCAUGGAAAGCGAGUGGAUCCAAAAACUGGAGACAUAUAUCACACCACCUUUGACUGGCCAUCCUCUAAUGAGGUACAGAGCCGUCUGGAAGAGGCUGAGGGCUAUGGGGAGGAUGACAUGGUGGCCAAACUCAUAGAGUACCAUAGGCAUAUAGAUGGUAUCCUCACUUGUUUCAAUAAGGGACUUAAAACAGUCAAUGCUGAUCAGCCACAGGCAGAUGUCUUCCUUCAAGUGUUUACAUACUUGUGCGGCCAAGCAAGAACAAAUGCCCCACACACCCCUCGGGUGGUGUUACUGGGUGCCACAGGAUCAGGCAAGGGUGUCCAAGCCUCCCUUCUUGCUACCAAAUACAACCUUGUUAGCGUGUCCUGUGGCUCCAUGAUUAAGCAAGCAAUAGCAGAUGAAACCAAGGAAGGUCAGACAGCUAUACCAUAUGUCUCAAAGGAUAUGAUGGUGCCUGAUGUGACAGUGAUGGAGAUCCUCAGACAGCGCCUUUCUCAGCUGGAUUGUAUGAGUAGGGGCUGGGUAUUACAUGGGUACCCUCGUACCCGGGAACAGGCAGAGGCUCUUACACAGGAAGGUUUUGUUCCAAACAGAGUGUUCUUCUUGAAUGUACCCAAUGAUUCUGUGGUGGAACGUCUGACACUGCGAGCCACAGACCCGAUUACUGGAGAUCGCUACCACAUGUUGUACAACCCCCCACGCACUGAGGAUGUGAAGACAAGGCUACAGAAACACCCUAAAGAUGAGACUGAAGAGGUCAACAAACGUCUUGCAACCUACAAUGCAUAUGUGGAGGAAAUUUCAGACUUUUAUGUGGAUGCACAACAUGUAAACGCUGACCAAGAUCCUCAUACUGUGUUUGAGUGUAUUGAAAGCAUGAUUGUCAAUCCACUGCCAAAAAAAGUAUGAUUCAACCCUACCUGACAAGUGAUUCGACCCUACGUGACAUGUGACAAUAUAACUAACAUUGAUGACAUUUUGUUACAA